ACUGAACAACGUCCAUUUUCAUGUACUUUCUGUCAUCGUUCUUUUACACGUAAACAUGAUUUACAAAGACAUAUUCGUGUUCAUACAGGUGAUAAACCUUAUGAUUGUCCUUGCUGCCAAAAGGCCUUUUCACGCACAGAUGCUCUUAAACGCCAUUUACGU